CAAACCAAACCAAGCCCUAUAAAUAUCAUAAACCCCAAGACUGCCUAAGUUUCAUUCAAAUUUUCCAACAGAUCGACAAAACCAACCUUUUUUGAUUUCACACGUACCAUCAUGAAGAGAAGCACGACAGGAAUAGAGCACGACAGCAUGAGCACCAUGGCGAACUACCUGAUGCUGCUCUCUCGCGGGGGAGAAAUGGACGUUUUCUCCAACUCUAGAUCUCCUACCCGUGUCUUUGAGUGCAAGACGUGUAGCCGGCAAUUCCAGUCGUUCCAAGCGCUCGGCGGCCACCGAGCGAGUCACAAGAAGCCGAGGUUGAUGGGGGGAGACGGAAGUCUUGAUUCACAGUCGUCGUCGUCGCAUGGCUCCCCGACCAAACCGAAAUCCCACGAGUGCUCCAUCUGCGGCCUAGAGUUCGCGAUCGGGCAGGCUUUGGGCGGUCACAUGAGGAGGCACAGACAAAACCAAGCUCCUUCGAAUCUUGAAGAAAACGGCCACGGCCAGCAGGUUUCACAAGUACCGGUUGUGAAGAAAACGACUAGUCGGAAAGUCUUGUAUCUGGAUCUAAACUUGACGCCGUUUGAGAAUGAUUUGGGCUUAGCACCACCCAUAUAUGGUUGAUUGUUUUUUGUAACCAAUAUUUAAGCUUAAUGAUAUCAUACAGUCAUGUUGUAGAUUAAUUACUGUAGUUCUGUCUUAAUUUGCUUUGUUUUUUGUUAUACUUUAACCGAUAUAUAUUUGUUGAUUUAUUACAUACUUAUAAUAAGAAAAUGGGGCAAUUGCAUGUA